AUGCACGAUGCACCCGCACCCUAUUCACUUCUCACCGACCUGCCCUACGAAAUCAUCCUGAAGAUCGUGGAAGUCACACACCCCAAGGAUCUACUGACCAUAGCCCGUGUCAGCAAGCAAUUCCGCGGACUCCUGAUGCACCCCACUUCCGCCUCGCUCUGGAAGCACUCGCUCGCCCUCCACGAGCCCGCUCUCCCAGAAUGCCCCGCCAGCAUGAGCGAGCCGCGCUGGGCCCAUCUCGUAUUCGAAGAGCAGUGUACCUUCUGCGGCGCGAAUGAUGAGGCUGCGGAGGUUAACUGGUACCUCCGCGUAAGGGCUUGCAAGCACUGUGCUAAAUCAUGCAUCAAGACGAGCCUCCAAGACGGAUUCAGACCUCUCUCAGACGGCACGACAUCCUUCGAACGCCUCAUCCCGUCGAAGCUCGCGUACCUUGAUUCGAUGUCCUUCUUCGCAUUUGGUUGCUUCCGAUCCUGGAGUUACCUCGCCGCGGACUACGAAGCCGUAAAAGCAGAAUACCUGUCGAUAAGAAGCGAUGCAGACAGACGCCAAUUCGUGGAAGAGCGCAUCGCGCUGGCGAAUUCAGGCCGCGCCCAUUCGCAUCGCUGUGAAAUCUGGAGCCAGAAACACCAGUCUUGA